AGCUCAGCUCUUCUCACUGGGGGUUUGGAGAGCUGGGGGGACCAUGGAUGUCAUCAGCGUGCAGCAGUUGGUAAGUGGAGAAAGAGAAGGAAGGAAAGUGUUGGGAUGUGGACAUGGAAUUCCUGAUCCUGGAGGCUGGCCAGGAGACUGGAGGCUGGGACCCCAUGAGGCCGUGGCCCAGGAGAGGCAGAGGCAGGAAGAGGAGAAAAGGAGGAGACUUGAGAGAUUUAAGAGUUCCAGAAUUAACCUGGAGAAUCUGGCUGACUUGGAAAACUUGGUUCAGAGACGAAGAGAAAAGCGAUUGAAACGCAGAGUCCCCCCCAGGGCACCUGAGCCCGAGGAGCUUCCGCACCCCCAACCCCAGGCCCAGCCAGGGCCCGUGGACCUCGACGCGUUCCUGAAGGCAGCGGCUGAGAACCAGGAGGCCCUGAUUGACAAGUACCUGGCGGACGGAGGGGACCCCAAUGCCCACGACAAGCUCCACCGCAGGGCCUUGCACUGGGCCUGCCUGAAGGGCCACCGCCAGCUUGUGAACAAGCUGCUGGAGGCAGGGGCCGCUGUGGAUGCGCGUGACUUGCUGGACAGGACACCUGUGUUCUGGGCCUGCCGUGGGGGACACCUGGACAUCCUCAAACAGCUGCUUAACCACGGAGCCCAGGUCAACGCACGGGACAAGAUCUGGAGCACCCCCCUGCACGUGGCCGUGCGCACGGGGCACUGCGAGUGCCUGGAGCACCUCAUCGCGUGCGGGGCCCACAUUGACGCGCAGGACAAGGAAGGAGACACAGCGCUACACGAGGCUGUGCGGCACGGCCACUACAGAGCCAUGAAGGUGCUGCUGCUCUACGGAGCCCAGCUGGGCGUGCGGAACCAGGCUUCAGCGACCCCCGUGCAGCUGGCCCGCGACUGGCAGCGGGCCAUCCGGGAGGCUCUGCAGGCCUACCAGGGGCAUCCCCGCAGCCGGUGCUGACGACAGCGCCCGCCGCCGCCGCUCAGCCACCAGUCCACCCUGUUUCCCCAUCACAUGUCUGCAGUGCUGAUCUCAGGCCUCCAGGGCAGGCAGUCAUGUCAGCUCAGCCCGGCCCGCAGGUAGAGCAGCUGCCCGAGGGCCUGAGCCAGGAAGGGCUGAAGCAGGACCCGGAGGCCCAGACGGGACAGUGGAGCUGGGAGCUCGGGGUGGCCACGAAGCCAAGGAAGCUCAGCCUCCAGCUCCCAGGGCCGCGCUGGGCUUCCCAGUGCCAGGGGGCCUCCGAGGAGACUGCUCGUCCCCUCCCUCCCACGGGCGUUUCCUGCCGGGUGGCAAUUUCGCAGCUGCCAGUGCCCGCGGGUGGGUCUCUCAGCGACUCCGCUCCUGUCAGCCGGUGUCUGGAGUGGCUCUGGUGUCGGGUCUGGACGGGGCUGCUCAGCAGGUCUGAGGCCCCACUGCAGAAGUCCAGUGCCAGCCUGGUUGCCACAGGAGCCCCAAGACUGAGGAGCUGGAGCCAGUACUGAGAGAACCUGCGCCCGCUGUCUAAAGGCUGCUCUGCAGGGGUCAGCUGGUAGCUCUCCUGGUGACGGUGAAGCGCCUGGGUGCUGGGGUUGCUUGUGGCCCACUCAGCUUUUGGGGUGGUGGCCCGUAACCCUCCUUUGCCUCAGGUGCCAAUGCCGCCCUGGCACUGGAGCUUAUACGUACCCUGCAGCUGUCACCUCUGCCACCUCCGCAGGCACCGCGGGUUCUGAGCACUGCGUGAAGGGAAGCAGAGGAGCACACCUGCCCUGCAGCUGGCUGGCGCACGUUUAGGGCCCAACUCCACACACACUCUCCAAAUGGACCCUCCCCUUCCGCUGUCCCUGGCACUUCCAGUUGUGCUGGUGUGGACGUGCUCCUGGCAGGGCUGGGUCUGCAGUGCCAGGAAGUGAGCCUUGAGGAGCUCAGCCCUGACCCGAGAGCUGUAGGCCAAGGGGCAGCUCCAAGGUGAAGGGCCGGCCUCCCUCCCACAUGUGCGGCCCCUGGGCAGACACUGUGCCAAGCAGUUACUUCUGUCUAACUGGUGGCCUUCUCAGGCCAAGACCAAGGCUCUUCUUAUUGUGUGAAAAAGCCGACUAGAGCCCACACCUUCCCUUCCCUUGGCAGCCCCUGCCCUGGGGGACAGAGCCAGCACUCACCAGAUGCUGGGGCCAUGGGAGGAGCAGGGACUCCAGUCCAUGGAGAAGACGACUCCCCGCCCAGAAAACGGGGACACUUAAGUAACUGACAACAGUACCUUUUUAUACGCGUCAAUAUGUUCAUUAAAAUAGGCUGGUCAUCCAUCCGGUCUAGUGUGUGCUGGGCUGGAAGCAGCGAGGCCAUCACGCCCGGGGCCAGCCUGUUAACCACGCCACAGCGGACAGCGAGGUAGGCCCUGUGCACACUGGGCAGUCUGGGCCCUUGGCCCUCACGCUCAAGGCAUCUCUACUCAUGGAUGGACAGGUUCAAAAAGCAGUGGUUCUCAGCCUUUGGCUGCUUAUUAGAAUCACAGGCAAAGCUUUAGAAGUCCUACUAUCCAGACAACUCAAUCAGAGUCCCUGGGUGGGACCCAGGUGUUAGCACUGUCAUGCAGACCACACACUGGUCCACACAGGAAUCCUAAAGAACCCACAAAACCAACUAGAAUAAGAGUUCGGCAAGAUCUCAGGAUAUAAGGUAAACAUACAAAAACCUAUUUCCACAUAUUAACAAUGACCAUGUGAUCACCACAAUGAAAACCUAAGUACUGCCCUGGCCGGUGGCUCGGUUGGUUGGAGUGUCCUACACACCCAAAGGUUACAGUUCGAUUCCCGGUCAGGGCACCUAACUAGGUUGCAGUUUUCAUUCCUAGUCGGGACGCAUACAGGAGUCAACCAAUCAAUAUUUCUCUCUUCCCCUCUCUCUCAAAUCAAUAAGGUGAGGAUUAAAAAAUAAAAUCAAUAAACCAUAUCCUUGGUGAGGAUAAAACAAAGUACCAUUUACAAUUGCUUCUAAAAAUAAAGUACUUAAUUGUAAAUAUAACAAAAUACAUAAGGACUUAUAUGCCAAAAGCUACAAAACACUAAUGAAUGAAACCAACCAAGAGUUAAAUGGAGACUUACGGUGUUCAUGGACUUCGAGAUGCAACACAGCAAUGAUUUCAAUUCUCCCCAAAUUGAUAUACAGAUUUAAUGCAGUUCCUGCCAAAACCCCAGGAAGAUAUUUUACAGAGGUAGAUAAGAUUAUUUUUAAACUUAUAGCUAAAUCAAUUUUGAAAAAGAAUAAAGUGGAAGGAGUCUACCAGAUUUCAGAACUCAUUACAGGCAAACGUCGGAGAUAGCAAAGGUUUGGUUCCACACCACUGCAGUAAAGUACACUGUAACCUUGCUGGUGGAAGGUCUGGCCUUCCAUUUGUAGGCCAUGCAGCACCUGUGGCGAGCAAUAAGGUGAAGCGCAAUAAAACGAGGUGUGUCUGUG